GAAAGAGGGGAGAUUCACUCAUCAUCAGAGUUUACAAAGCUAAAACUUUUGAGAAUAAGCAAGAAGAAGAAGAGAGAAACAGGAUGGGGAGUAGUAGCAAAAAGGCGCUGGGGACGACAGGGGAGUUCUUCAGGAGGAGGGACGAGUGGAGGAAGCACCCGAUGCUGACGAAUCAGCUCCGCCACGCCACUCCCGGCCUCGGCAUCGCUCUCGUGGCCUUCGGCGUCUACCUCGUCGGCGAGCAAGUCUACAACCGCGUCAUUUCUCCUUCUGCUGCUUCCUCAUCUCACGCUCAUUCUCACUCUCAUUCCGCCUCUACCACCUCUGCUACUCACUGAGCUUCAUUUCGCAGAUGGGUGCUCCAGCUCAGCAUGAGGAACAGAGUUUGGAGUUUCUUGUAUUUCUCUGCUCCUUAUCUGGUUGAUAUUUCAAUAAAAUGUUUUAAGUUAACAAGGGCCUUAAAGAACUUGAAGGCUGUGAAUUUUAUUCUGCAGAGUUUUAAGAUGUUGUUGCUACUCCUUGAAUGGCUACAUUUGAAGAUUGCAUCAGUUGAAAGCACGAGUUUCGUUUUUUUUA